CCCAGACGCAGAGGCGGUAGCGCGCACGCGCGCUGGGGUCCGGCCCGGGCGAGCGCGCGGCGGGCCGACUGCGGGUGACUAGCAUGCAGAUACUCAUGCUCUGACCAGCUGCCCCUCUUCUGAAAUGGCCCACAGGGGUGGUGAGAGGGACUUCCAGACUUCUGCUCGGCGCAUGGGCACCUCAUUGCUCUUCCAGCUUUCAGUGCACGAGCGGGAGCUGGACCUCGUUUUUCUGGAUCAUAGCUAUGCCAAGCCAUGGAGUGCCCACCCAGAUGCCAGUAGUGCCCGCCCCACGCGCAUGCUCUUUGUUACACCAAGACGGCAACAUGAGAAUACCAUUGAAUCAGACAUCCCAAUAGAUGUGGAGACCGUCACGUCAACUCCUAUGCCACUCUAUGACAAUCAGAAGGCACGCAGUGUGAUGAACGAGUGUGAAAGGCAUGUCAUCUUUGCCAGGACGGAUGCAGAUGCCCCUCCCCCACCAGAAGACUGGGAGGAGCAUGUUAACAGGACGGGCUGGACAAUGGCCCAGAACAAGCUAUUCAACAAGAUCCUCAAAGCCCUGCAAUCUGAUCGGCUUGCCCGCUUGGCCAAUGAAGGGGCUUGUAAUGAGCCCGUGCUGCGCCGUGUUGCUGUGGACAAGUGUGCAAGGAGGGUGCGUCAGGCUCUGGCAAGUGUGAGCUGGGACACCAAGCUGAUCCAGUGGCUGCACACUACCCUCGUGGAGACCCUGAGUCUGCCCAUGCUGGCUGCCUACCUGGAUUCAUUGCAGACACUGAAAGGGAAGAUCCCAACCUUGAUUGACCGGAUGCUUGUGUCAUCCAACACAAAGACUGGGGCUGCAGGAGCUGAAGCCUUGUCCCUCCUCCUCAAAAGGCCUUGGGACCCUGCUGUAGGGGUGCUUUCUCAUAACAAACCAAGCAAACUUCCUGGCUCGCCUCUGAUUCUCAUUGCCUCCUCUGGCCCCUCCAGCUCUGUGUUCCCCACUUCACGCCGCCACCGCUUCUGGCAGUCUCAGCUCUCCUGCUUAGGCAAGGUCAUCCCUGUGGCCACACAUUUGCUGAACAAUGGCAUUGGGGUCGGAGUUCUGCAGUGUCUGGAGCACAUGAUUGGUGCAGUGAGAAGCAAAGUAUUAGAGAUUCAUAGCCAUUUCCCACAUAAACCUAUUAUAUUGAUUGGAUGGAACACGGGAGCUUUGGUAGCCUGUCACGUGUCGGUAAUGGAGUAUGUCACUGCAGUCAUCUGCCUUGGGUUUCCUCUGCUUACCGUGGAUGGUCCCCGGGGGGAUGUAGAUGAUCCCCUCUUGGAUAUGAAGACUCCAGUCCUCUUUGUGAUUGGUCAGAAUUCCCUACAGUGUCACCCUGAAGCCAUGGAGGACUUCCGGGAGAAGAUCCGAGCUGAAAACAGCUUGGUGGUAGUUGGAGGAGCUGAUGAUAAUCUCAGAAUAAGCAAAGCGAAGAAGAAAUCAGAAGGGUUGACUCAGAGCAUGGUGGACAGGUGUAUUCAGGAUGAGAUUGUGGACUUUCUGACUGGAGUGCUCACUCGAACUGAAGGUCACAUGGGCUCUGAGCCUCGGGAUCAGGAUGCUGAGAAGAAGAAGAAGCCUCGUGAUAUAGCCCGAAGAGACUUGGCCUUUGAAGUGUCUGAACGGGGCAGUCGGCCUACUUCUCCAGCUGCCAAGCUCCCUGCCUCACCCUCAGGCUCAGAGGAUCUCUCUAGUGUGUCCAGCAGCCCCACAUCCAGUCCCAAGACCAAAGUGACCACAGUGACCUCUGCCCAGAAAUCUAGUCAGAUUGGGAGCUCCCAGCUGCUGAAGAGACAUGUACAGCGGACAGAAGCUGUGAUGACCCACAAACAAGCCCAAGCACAGUUUGCUGCUUUUCUGAAACAAAACAUGCUGGUGAGGAAAGCUCUUCCUCCCGGCACCUCCUCCUGUCUCUUUGUUCCCAUUUCAUCAGAACCAGUGGAAGAGGCAGAGAAAGAAGAGCUUAGGGUCCAGCUGAAACGACACCAUCCCUCCAGUCCUCUUCCUAGCAGUAAGACGUCCAAGAGACCGAAGAUCAAGGUGUCCCUUAUCUCCCAAGGGGACUCGACUGGGGGACCUUGUGCUCCUUCCCAAGGAGGAGUUUCAGAAGCUACAGGAGGAAAGCCCAUCACCAUGACACUGGGGCAAGCCUCAGCAGGGGCUAAGGAGCUCACUGGGCUUCUCACCACUGCCAAGUCAACUUCUGAAGGUGGAGUUUCAGCCAGCCCAGCCCCCUCAGUGGCCUCCAGCAGCACCACACCCAGUGCCCUGCAUACUCUCCAAAGCCGCUUGGUGGCCACAUCUCCUGGCAGCAACCUCCCAGGGGCCACAUCAGCCAGUAGCCUCCUCCAGGGCCUCAGCUUCAGCUUGCAGGAUAUUAGCAGCAAGACCUCUGGCCUCCCAGCAAAUCCCUCCCCGGGGCCAGCCCCACAGGCCACCAGUGUGAAGUUGCCCACCCCGAUGCAGAGCUUGAGUGCCAUCACCACGGGCACCAAUACCAUUGUUCGUACCAUUCCUGUGGCCACCACUCUCUCCUCGUUGGGUGCCGCUCCUGGUGGGAAGCCUACAGCCAUCCACCAGUUGCUGACCAAUGGGGGCCUUGCUAAGUUGGCAAGCAGCCUCCCUGGCCUGGCUCAAAUCUCUAACCAGGCAUCAGGCUUGAAGGUCCCCACCACCAUUACUCUGACCCUCCGUGGCCAGCCAAGCAGAAUCACAACGCUGAGCCCCAUGGCCUCAGGAGCAGCCCUGUCUGAGGAGCCCACCUCCCAGGUGUUACCCUCUAGCUCACAGCGCCUGCCUCCAGCACCCUGAAGAUGCUGCUUUAAGGUGAACCUUGUGUGGACCUGCUGAACUAUUCCAGUGUUGAAGACCUGUGCAAGACAGUUACAUUUAUCUCUUCACCAACUGUCCAGGGUUGAGCCUCUGAGCCUUGAGAAACUAUUAGGCCAUUGGUACCAACAAGGGCGAGGCACUUUCCUCCCAGACCUGCACGUCCGGUGCCGGAGUCAGCCUCCUCAACAGAACUGGUCUACGUGGGUCAGAGGCACUUGUCUCCUGCAUUGGGUGAUACUCAUCCCAAGUCACUGUGGAACUGCUCACUGCAUUUAAUUGCCAAUGGGAGAACUUCCAGUGUUCACUGGAAGGCAGAGACAACUAGGCUAUCAUUUUUUUAGCCCAUUUAGCCUCUAGGAUGCAGAGAGCAAUAGGUGCCAAGAAAUGAAAACUGGUUCCUUUUUUUUUUUUCUACCAUGCUUUUUGCUAUUUUGGCUUCCUGAGAGCAUACAGGUCCAGAAAGGCUGAAAAUGAGGGGUAGAGCAGGAAAGGAAGUGGCUGACAUGUACAGUGAACGUUGUGGUGUAGUUAGUUUAGUUUCGGGGUUGAGUCUGACCCCUGAAGACUUAGCAGAUUAACUGUUAAUGAAACAUGGAAUUUGCCUUGUCGUGAAUCCAGUACAUCUGGGUAUAACCAGCCAAAGUGAGUCUUUGACUAUCCCAGGAAUUUUGAUCCUUCUGGGUGGUAAAGCCUGUACUUGAGUUUCUAUUUUAUAUACCUUUUUGUCUUCCUGCCUAGAGAUUGUUGACAGUGAAUCUGCUGUACACCCUGAGCCUUGCAGGUCCUGAUCCCUGGUGAAGUAGACACUGAAGACAGACCACUGGGCCCCUCCAUACCCUUCAGAACACUUAGGUACAAAAGUAGUUUUGAGUUUGGCUUUGCACCUGUGUCUAUAAGCAGGCUGCUUUCCUUUCUGUGCUUAGAACAUUUCUAGUCAGGUGAGGAAUAAGGUAACCCAAGUGCUCAGUUUAGAGCGGUGGAGCACAUGGUGUUCAGGGUCAGAGCAAGCAGGUCAGAGGUGUAUGUAUAGCAGUGGAGAGGGUUCUCUAGGUACCAGGCCUUCCCUCCCUCCAUCCUGUGGCGCUGCUGUCAGUAAUUAAUACAGUACGAGGCUGCAUUUUGUAUUAACUGGUAGGUAACUGCAUUCUGAAAUUCAGAAGGCUAAUAUUUAGUGAAUGUAAGAAAUUUUAAAAUCUGAAAAGAGGCAUCCAGGGAUCAGAGGUUUGAAAGUUUUAUAAGUAGAAUUGUAACAUAUCAAAAGAGCAGAGCAGAGAGAAAUAAGGUUGUGAGGCUCUGUGAAGCUUGAAGAGAUCAUUUAGAACUAGCAGAUAGCCCUGAACAACCCUUCAAACAGCCUAAACAAAAUGGGGUGGGUGAGCUGGUCCUGGAGGAUGCUAGCCCAGGUGUUGAGAACCAAGGAAAAAGCAAAAAAUACUAUUUUUGUGGCAAAAGCCAUAUGCGUCCAUGAAUAACGCAUCCAUGCGGCUGACACAUUGAAGAACUCCAAAACUGGGGCAGGGGAGCUGCGAGAAUACUGACCUUCACCUUUGAGGAACUGGCCAGCAGAAGAAGGGGAGUCUGGACUUACAUUCCUUAGAUCCCAUUACAAGCCACAGUUCGUGCAAUGUGGAAGGAAGUUUUGCCCUUUACCUAUCUCCUAGCACACCUAGAGUCCAUAACCUCAGAACAUGAUACUCUUGGACAGUGUUGAAGGCUCAAGAAGGCAUUAAAUUCUUGCACAACAGAUACAUGUAUGUUGGUGUCCUGUAGAUGAUGUCCGUGGGCUUGAUGUCACUGAGAGGCAAAGACCUUUUGUCCACAUUUAGUCCCAUCACUACAGCCACCUUGGGCUAUAUGGGUUAUAGGGCUUAGCCACUCUGUUGGAUCCAUUCUUACAUUAGCAAAACAGUUAAAAUUUUGCUACUUAGCAAAAACAAUUAAAAACAUUCAACCUUUGGAUUG